GGAGUAAACUGUCACCACAUUGCUCCAAUGGGAAUUCAUCCUGACUAUCCGUUUGCACAUCUCUACAGAAUCGAGAAUUCAAACAUGCCAGAAGAAGUUCUCUGUUUUCUUUGGUAUCUCUGUGCUAUCUACACUGUAGGAAUUGCUUUCGACAUCCAGUGGCUAUACCAUUACGUCAACACUGUUCAAGACAAAAGAGACUGUUUCUCAACAUUCCUAAUGUGGUUUUCACCAUUGACUGUCUGGAGUGGAAAACUACGAAAAUCCGCGAAAGCAACGAAUCUAACAUUCAAGAAGCUGAAAAAAGGUGGACACAACCCAUUCUUCAAUCCACAUUCAAUCUACUUCUUUCAUCGUCCCGUUAAGGUCAACCGCAAAACAAGCAAAAUUCUUGCUCUUCCAACUCUCAUUCAUCACGGUGAUUUUUCAAGAGGAAUGUUUCCUACUCCAUUCAUUUCCAACUGGGUUCACUAUCCGGUCGAUUAUCAGAUGCAAUUUGAUGAAGAUUUACAGUAUUACAUGAUGAAGUUUGACAGAGGAAGACCAAACAGUUCAAAAGAAGAUAAACAAGAAGAAACAACUUCCCAAGCGACUUCUCAAGAUUACUGUGCUGAUUACUUUAAGGACGCUCAAUCUCCAGAUGAUGAAGUAAAUGUUGAAGAUAUCGAAGAAAAGUUCAAAUUCUGCAUAAAUGUUCAACCAGGAGAAGAUGCACGAAUGAUUGAAGACUCGUAUGAAUGUCCAGAUGAUCAUUAUGGAUGCUGCGAAGAACAUAUGCUGGAAUUCGAAAUGGAUCAUUAAAAGGCUUCAUUGAACACUUAUCCAAAUUGGCGAAUCAAACUCUUUGUUCCAUGUGUUUUAGUAUUAAUCACUAACUUUGUACCACAAUGGAUGCAUUUGCCUCUUUCUUUGCCAUCUUUUUUUGUCCCAACUAAUACAAAAUGGUUCCAAACUACUAAAGUUAAUCGUCUUUU